AUGUGUGCAGCGUACCGUAGCAAACCAUUCGCGCUUGCGAUUGCGAUGAGCUGCAAUUGCCUCAGCCUCGAACACCACACAACCCAAACAAUUCGCCCAACAUGUCCGACGCCGAUCUCGACGCAAUCCGACAAGCACGUCUCCAACAACUUCAACAAUCCCAAGGCGGUGGUGGCGGUGGUUCCUCCGCAGGCGGCAACUCAGAAGAGGACUCCCAAAAACGUGCCGCAGCCGAACAGAAACAAUCAAUCCUCUCACAAAUCCUCGAACCUUUCGCUGCCGAUCGCCUCAACCGGAUUCGAAUGGUCAACGCACAGCGCGCCGAAGAUGUGGAGAAUCGACUUAUUAUGCUUGCGAGGAGUGGACAAUUGA